AUGGAGGGCAAGUUAACUGUCACGCCUCCCUGGCCGGAUAAUCACAAGAGCACUAAACGCUGGAAGUUCGGUCACAAGGUAACGACUUAUGUCCACCUGGCCAAGCUUGUCUACGAAAAAACUGGCUGGACUAUCAAUCACGGAGAAUCCUGCGUGGAUCUAGGCGACCCGACGCGUAAGAAACGUCCCCUCGACAAAGUCGUCAACUUUCUUUAUGUCCAGCUCACUCAAGGUAUUCGUGGGCUCACGGAAUCGAAGGAGCAGCGGAAGUGCGUCGCCGAGUUGACGAGUAAAGGUGGGUGUGCAUUGAAGGAAGCCCUGGGCGACGAAAUCUCGCGUAUGUUCGAGGUUAGCAGCCUCUCGACUAUUCCAGAACGCCAGGGACGUGGGUAUGCCACCGCACUCGUGCACCUCGUAACAGACCUAACAGAUGCGAAAGGACUCCGGAGCCUCCUCAUAUCGAGCAACACCAUAAAUCGGCCCUUCUUCCGUGAGCUGGGCUUCGAGAUAGUCGGCGCGGUCUGUCUGGGCAAUGACAAUCCAACUUGGAAAGAGCCACCUGUAACAGUGGAUAUUAUGGUUAGGGAGCCCAAGAGCGGGAACAGCAGCAUGGACAAGAAAACGAUAGGCUCAGAACCGGAGUGCUCAGUAUAAAAG